AUGCCCCACAUCUACACCCUCACGUUCACAUGCCCCACAUCUACACCCACACCCCCACAUCUACACGCUCAUGUCCACAUCCACAUCCACCCACCCCACAUCUACACCUACACCCCCACAUCUACACCCUCACGUCCACAUCCACACCCCCCCACAUCUACACCCACACCCCCACAUCUCACCCUCACGCCCACACCCCCACAUCCACAUCCACACACCCCACAUCUACAACUACACCCCCACAUCCACACCCUCACGUCCACAUCUACACCCACACCCCCACAUCUACACCCUCACGCCCACAUGCCCCACAUCUACACCCUCACGUCCACAUCUACACCCACACCCCCACAUCUACACCCUCACGCCCACAUGCCCCACAUCUACACCCACACCCCCACAUCUACACGCUCAUGUCCACAUCCACACACCCCCACAUCCACAUCCACACACCCCACAUCUACACCCACACCCCCACAUCUACACCCUCACGUCCACAUCCACACCCCCCCACAUCUACACCCCCCCACAUCUACACCCUCACGCCCACACCCCCACAUCCACAUCCACACACCCCACAUCUACACCUACACCCCCACAUCUACACCCUCACGUCCACAUCUACACCCUCAUGUCCACAUCCACACACCCCACAUCUACACUUACACCCCCACAUCUACAACAUCAAGUCCACAUCUACACCCUCACGUCCACAUCCACACAUCCCCCACAUCUACACCUAUACCCCCACAUCUACACCAUCACGUCCACAUCUACACCCACACAUCCACAUCCACUCACCCCCACAUCUACACCCACACCCCCACAUCUACACCCUCACGCCCACAUCUACACCCACACCCCCACAUCUACACCCUCACGUCCACAUCCCCCACAUCUACACCCUCAAAUCCACAUCCACACACCCCCACAUCCACAUCCACACACCCCACAUCUACACCCUCACCCCCACAUCUACACAUCUACAUCCCCAACAUCUACACCCACACCCCCACAUAUACACCAUCACGUCCACAUCUACACCCCCACAUCCACAUCCACUCACCCCCACAUCUACACCCACACCCCCACAUCUACACCCUCACGCCCACAUCUACACCCACACCCCCACAUCUACACCCUCAUGUCCACAUCCCCCACAUCUACACCCUCAAAUCCACAUCCACACACCCCCACAUCCACAUCCGCACACCCCACAUCUACAGCCACACCCCCACAUCUACACAUCUACAACCCCAACAUCUACACCCACACCCCCACAUCUACACCAUCACAUCCACAUCUACACCCCCACAUCCACUCACCCCCACAUCUACACCCUCACGCCCACAUCCCCCACAUCUACACCCACACCCCCACAACUACACCCUCAUGUCUACAUCCCCCACGUCUACACCCACACCCCCACAUCUACGCCCUCACAUCCACAUCCACACACCCCCACAUCCACACACCCCACAUCUACACCUAUACCCCACUUCUACACCCUCAUGCCCACAUCCCCCACAUCUACACCCUCAAAUCUACAUCCCCCACAUCUACACCCACACCCCCACAUCUACACCCUCACCCCCACAUCUACACCCUCACAUCUACAUCCCCCACAUCUACACCCACACCCCCACAUCUACACUCUCACAUCUAAACCCCCACAUCUACACUCACACCCCCAUCUCCACACCCAACCACAUCUACAUCCACACCCCCACAUCUACAUCCAUACCCCCACAUCCACAUCCACACCCCCACAUCCACAUCUAUGCCCACACUCUUCCUCUCCUCAACAUAGUGCCAUCUAUUAAAUCUCUGAGAGUAAAGCCUCUGUUUGCCUGUGGCUCCUGCCUGUUGGAUGUGUUGGAGCAUGGAGGACAAGGCGUCAUGGAGUGGUGUGGAAGUCAUUUCAGGCUUUGA